AAACGUGUUCGAAGAGGACAGAAAUUGGAAGAGAUUCAACCGGUCAUAGAGCAAGCACCUGCGUUGCAGCAAAUCGAUUCUCCCUUUCAGCUGCAAGAGUAUCUGGCUUUGCUUAUACGUCAAGAUCCACAUGACGUCGAACGCAUUGUGAACUUGCCGCAGGCUACAAUUUCACCAACAGAUGCAUUUGCUGGAGGAAAAGGCAAGGGCAAGGAAGUAGGCUCGAUGGGAGGAGACGGAUCGGAACAUUCCAGUACAAACGGUGUUGAUGCAUUCUUUGGAGGGGAGGAAGAACCGCAUACAGUUGAUACAGACGUAUGGGUAUACGAACAACUGCGAAGGAUUGUGUCUGAUUUUACAACGCCUUGGCUUACAUCACUUCAGCGGGAAUGCGAUCGUAAACGAAAGCCCUCUUCAUGUGAUGCAAUGAACGCGGACGAUUGGAUGUAUUUGUGUGCAUCGCAUGGAGAAGAAAAGCAAUGUUGUGCGAUUGACUAUAUCAUUCAUACCUUGGACGGCACAACUGCUUUGCUCAAUUCGCAUAGGCAUUUUCCUAGCAGGACAUAUAUUCCCACUACAAGUCUUCGACACUUUGGAAGUAUAAGUAGAAGACUGAGCAGAAUCUUUGUUCAUGCGCAUGAACAUCAUCGUGAUGUAUUUGAAGCAUGUGAAGCGGAAACUUCCUUGUAUGCACGCUUUUUGACAUUGGUACAGGCGUACGAUCUGGUCGCACUGGACUCUUUA